GUAAGCUAAAUCUCAUCCUGUGCACCCUGUACUAAUUUAUCUUUACCUUUCAUGGUUGCUUAAAUGCUUUAGAAUUAAGUUUGACAAUCGGGCUUCUACCCAUGUUUGCACGUGUGGACACAUUGGAAGUCAUCACACAAAUUAUUUUAAUCCUUGAUGUGAUGAUCAGGUGUCAUUUGAUUAGGCAUGGUACUAUUUCUGUUGGAUCCGGAUCAAACUAUUUGUCUUCUUGGUUUCUCUCAACAAAUUGUGAACAGAAUAAAAGCUUGUUAGUUUUUUUUUUUUGUAGGUUUUUAUAAUAUAUUUUUUUGAUACAUAAGUUUUUAUAAUAUUAAUGCUAACAUAUUGGCAUGUGUGCAUGUCUUGCUUUUUAGACAUUUGAAUCCUGUAAUCGCGACUGGGGCAUUAAUCAUUCCAUCAUCACUUUAUUUUCUCCUCAAGGUUUUGCUACUCUUUUCAUCAACCUUUAUCAUUGUUUCCUUGAUGAAGAAAACAAAAUUUUUCAUAAAUGUUGGUUGAAAGAAAGGAGCUGAGUUUGUCACUCUUUUCAUCAACCUUUAUCAUUGUUCCGUGAUGAAGAAAACAAAAUUUUUCAUAAAUGUUGGUUGAAAGAAGGGAGCUGAGUUUGUCACUCUUUUCUUAAUGUUGAAACAGAGUUUUUCUCACUCAUUUCAUAAAGGAGGAGGACAUGUUUUAGGGUGAGAAAAACCAACACAAUCAUAAAAGAAAGGAAUGAUUUUUGAUAUGGGUUUUGUUUUUCAUUGGAUUAAUGAACGUUUUUCGACCUUUUCUUUGUAGGAUCAUACUGAAGACUCUCAUGUGCAAAGAAGUAAGUAGAUAUGCCUUUCUUCUCUUGCUUCUUUCAUCUAUUCUUAUUUUCUUAUGCUGCUGAAAGACGUUCUUUAAUGGCAGAUUACAGGAGAAACAGAAGGAGAGGGUGAAGGCAGUGGCCAGCAUGCAUCAAAGGAGGGCAGAGAUGUCCCGCCAUUCCGACGCUUUCAUCGCAUUACUAGGUGGGUAUGGAACCUUAGAAGAGCUCUUGGAAGUCAUCACCUGGGCUCAGCUAGGAAUCCAUAAUAAACCCAAGGAUGUUAGAGGGGUGAUGCCUAACAUGUACGACUUCAACAAUGACAUUUGGUUGUGCCACUCCUUUGGAGGCCAAUGCUACAAUUUGAUAGCAUUCAUGGUGACAGUGGGAUGAAGGCGAGUUCUUAUCCUAAUCGUGCGGAAUCAUCACCCAUGAACACAACAACAAGAUCCCUUGUUUUAGAGAACUAUUUCCCUGACAAUCCUAAUUUAGCGACAGCUUGUAAGGACAACUUAGCUCCACUUACUAGCAUGACUGGUACAUGUCAUGAAGCAGCAGGAAAACGAUGGCCCAACUUCAUUGCUGUCGAUUUCUACAAGGUAAUGCAUGAGAUCUCACUUUCAUUAAAGAUGGAAAUGGAAACAUGAUAAAGAAUUGUGUUUCUUUUAUAUGCAUUUGGGUCUUUGUUCAUGGAUUAUUUAUUUAUUUUUUUCUUUAAUUCUUUAGUAUAUGUGCCUAUUUGU